AUGGGUCUAUCAUUGAGAACCUACACCGAUUUCUCUUCAACACAAAAGGUUGAGAAUUCGCUUUGUUGUAUCCUCCUGAAAAACACCAGCACUGACUGCCAACUGUUCACAUUGCAGAAUAGAAUGUUACUCGAUACUAAUGCUCAGCAUGACACAAACCUCUUAUCAACAGAAUAUUCACAUGCCGACCUGGAGCUCUUGGCCAAGACUGCCUCUGAUGUAUUAGCACAAUUGCAAAGUUUCAGAGAGAGUGUACUAGAGACAAGAGAAGAUCGAAAACCCGGAGAACAGUUCGAACAGGGAUCGAGUGCAUUACUUCAGCGGGUCUCCGAGACUUUCGAGGCAAAGGACUGGACGACCCUCGAUCGCAACCAGCUGAAGCACGAAUGCAAAAUACGCGGGAUCAACAUAAACGGCUUCAGGCGCAACGAGCAGUAUGUCCGCAAACUUCAGGAGUAUAUAGAUGCACAGAACAAAAGAGUGGUACCUGCUCAACCCACGAACGAUGUGCAAGCUUCCACCUCAAGCCUACCAUCGACUGUACAGCCAAAAACACUGCCAGCCAUAGGAAGGACCUUGACAGAAGCAGCUGACUAUCUCACUCUCGUUCGGAGUCGAUUUGAAGGUCAGGCCGAUUCCAGCGAAUACAUCCGUCUUCUCGAGAUUAUGAGAAACUUCAAACACCGCACGAUUGACACUCCGGGUGUUAUUGCUGGAAUCUCGGAGCUCUUCUAG